UUGUUUAUCUUGAACAUUCCGGUUUCACGUCACAAAACAGCCUAAAGAGUUUAAAUAACACAUCCAAAAGUUGACUGUGCUCAGUAUCUGAAGAACCUUUCAGGAUGAAAUACCUUGUGGCUAUUGUACUGAUUGCUGGUACUUUUUUGGUUGUGUGUGAUGCAGCCUGUUUUCAUCAGCUAGCUGAACAACACGAUGGAGAGCCAGUAAAGGGAUGUCUCUAUAAGGGAAAAUUACAUCCGCUUGGCAAAUCAUGGAGGACGAAGAGCUGUUGGGACUGUACAUGUGGCUCAGGCGGUGAUAUGGAGUGCUGUCAAGCUUAUGGGACACCGACUGGCAACAAUGAGAACUGCAUAUUCAAAUUUGACCGGAAGGCCUGCAAAUACGUCCUAGUACCAAAUAAGGAUCCAGAAAAGCAAUGCACUGGAUAUGUCAUGGUGGGCUAAAUACAUUAUGCUGGAACCAUCUACAAUGUUAUCUCUUUCAAUAAUUCAAAUGUAAAAGUAUUGCUCCCAGUAAAAUGUAACCUCAAUAAAUAAUUGAAUCAAGAAAAGAUACUAAAAUAAUUAA